AUGGAAGAUUUGGAUGCAGUUUUUGAUCCCUCUGUUCAAACAGAAAACGAAGAUGAUAACUCAAAGUUACCAGAGACAGAGUUACCGCAUCCUCCAGAGUCUAAUCCAACAGGUCAGCCUGCUGAAGCUUGGAAAAGUGGGCUAUGUGCUUGCUGCAAUAAUCCAUGCAAUGCGCUGGUAACAGUUUUCUUCCCUUGCGUGACGUUCGGCCAGGUUGCAGAAAUGGUGGAUGAAGGCAACAUCAAAUGUUGUACUAGUGCAAUGGUUUACAUGGUGUUGUGCUUAUUCUGCUCUUGUGGAGCAUGUAAACUCUCAUCCACUUACCGAGGUAAACUGAGGAGAAAAUUUAACAUUCCUGAGUCUCCUGCUCUCGACUGGGUCACUCACUUUGCUUGUGAAUGUUGUGCUCUUUGUCAAGAAUUCAGGGAGCUUCAAUCCAGAGGCUUUAAUCCUUGUCUUGGUUGGAAGAGAAAGAAGAAUAAGCAGCUAAGUAUGAGGCCACCUACGACCCAAAGAAUGACGAAUUGAGGAUUGCUGUGUGUGUAACAUUCAAAAAUGGAUCUUGUAGCUGAAUCUCCAUCCAACAGAUAUUAUGCCAAUUCCACCUGCUGAAGCAGGAAGAGAUAAUAAGUUCAAAAUCUCCUGCAGCCACCUCAAAUCAUUAGUAACUUUAAUAGAAAAUGUAAGGUUCUU